AUGAGCACCUUGUACCUUGUGAGUGGUGACAGUAGCAACUCUUCCGUCGACGAGGGUGGUUGGUCCGAGAAUGACGGACACAGCAGCGGCACGGAAGAAGAUCCCGACGUCUCCAUUGUCGAUCCCGAGACGUUCUCCACCGACUCGUCCAAGGGAUCCGCGUCGUUGGCGCGAGGAACCUUUGAAGCCAGUCCCUUGCGGAAACGACACCACGCAACCACCAACGUGGGCGUCCAACCGGCUGGGCCGUCGACGGCCGUGCCGUUGCUCAAGAAUCCUUGGAAGGACGCCAACCAAACGUCACCCUCGGUGGAUGGAAUGUCACUGACAGUGAACAAGACACCCGGCGCCACCAAGAGUUUGUUCGGACCCCGGGACUCGUCUUCGGACGAAGAGGUUGAACUCGAACACGAAAUUGUUUUCGAAAAGGCUAGCGGCGAAGAAACUCCCGUGUCAUCGUCGUCGUCGUCAUCCUCCGAUUCCUCGCUCGAAGAAGUCAGUGUCAGCGAUGGCGAAGAAUACGUCGAAGAAGUAUUGGUCGAGGAUGGAGACGUACCUGUGCUGAAUAGCGAGCCAAUGGAAGAAACUGAAAUACCUAAAACCAAUCAACCAGUCAAAGUCGGAGUUCUCGACCAGGACGAUGACGAGGCAUUGGAACCGGUGGUGGAACAGGAUUCCAAGAGCAAUGACCCACCCCGCCGUAAAGGGUUUCUGGGUCUCUUCGGGAAGACGAUUCCAGCGACCGACACUAUCUCUUACAACAAUACGGCCCCAAAGGUUGUCGAGUAUGCCGAAGAAGCUGUGAAUGACGUAGAAGAGCCGUCCGAGACAUUGCCAAUCGAAAUUGCCGACACCCACCGGAAGGGCCGCUUUGCGUGGCGGACGGGAAAAUCGAAACCAGACGAACAAGCGGACGGACAGCAAAGUGAAAAGGGGGCUCUGGAAAAUGUUGACAAUCUCCUAGUUGCAGAAACAACGGAGAGCAAACAGCGACGGGGGCUUUUUGGUCGUCGACAACGCGCCAGCUCCAAAGAUAUUGAACAAGCCAAUCUCGAGGCUGCAGCCAAUAUAGCGCCAGAGACGAUCUGCGAAACGCAAGACGAGCAACCGCCGAAUGCUGAUUUCAACGGCACAUCGGGUCCAGUUCCAAAGGCAACUAGUGACGAUGAAAUUGUCAGCAUGAGUAAUACUGAAGCGGAAAUUAUGUUUGGCGAUGGCUCUACCAACGGUGGCACGCCAAGUGUUCGUGCGCAUUCCACUCCGACUCGACAAGCUAGCGACGCAGAGUCUGGUGAAUUCUUUACUCCGGAACAUGAACACACGCAUACGAGGAGACCGCUCUUUGGGGUUGGUCGUGCAAAGACCCCGGAUACUUCCCCUAGUGAAGAUGAACCCUCAAUGGAAGCUCCCAGUCUGAACAACCACACGAAAGAUCAUCACGGCUCUACCUUAACUCCACGGCGUCUAUACCUAAUUCUGUUGCUGGCAACUGUUGUUAUUGUUCUAUGCAGUAUUGGAACAGCUUUCUACGGUACCAAACUUGCUUUGGAAGUAUUCGGAACUGAAAAAAGAGGCAGCGUCCCAAGCCCUGCUCCUGUUUUGAUCGAAGAUGAAUUGUGCCCUGUCGAAAACGUCCCGAUCGAAUUUCACAUUACUUUCGACUCUAAACCUGCCGAGGUUGGUAUUACUUUACGAGAUGCCGGCUCCACCACCUCUGGAGUCUGGCUUUUUGGACCCGGAACUUUUCGGUCGUUUACGCAAUUCGCACGGUCCAACGUCUUUCGACUCUGCGUGUCACCUCAGCUUGAGUACGACUUUGAAGUGUCCGACGCGGCCUCGAACGGGUUGGUGGCCAACUUUGCGGGCACCAACGUAUUCGGCCACUGGGAGCUCUUCUACAACAACAGUUUGGCGGCGUCCUACAAUGGAAAUUGCAACGAUACUGCCGUCAACGAAUGCGGCGAAUAUUGCUCUUGCAAGUAUACGCUGACUUCUCGACGAACCACUGGAGUUUGCGAAACGGAAUGUCCCGAGGUGUAA